AUGCGUCAUAAAUCUUUGGAGAUGUUGUUCAAGAGGUCCAUCCUGCUUGCUGUCUUUGCAGCUUUUGCGCCCCUGUGCGGAAGUUUCAGCGUCACUCCGACCAACGAUGCCACUAUCCUCGCCGAUGCUCUUUUCAAUGGUCCCGGAAUAACUGUCCUGCAAGCGACCUUUUCGGGUGCGGCCGCCAGCUCCGGGACAUUCACUGCCGGCCUCGGUGGCAUCGGAAACGGCGCCAUCUUAACGUCUGGGACUGCCGUUGGGGCUCUUCCCAAUGGCGAUCACUACGUGAACAACGGCGCGGCCGGUUCUGCCGCAUACUGCGGUCCGAGUACAUUCAAUGCCGCUGUUCUGACCGUAGACAUCGCUAUCGACCCUGGAUACAGCGGCGUUCAAGUCGAAUUUAUCCUCGCAUCGGAAGAGGAGGGUGGAUCUGCUGAUCCUAUCGGCAUCUAUCUAGGCGGUCAACAGUAUUCCAACGGCAUUACGGCCGUGUCUAAUCUCCUUGCACAACCGAUCGUGAUCACGCCGCCGACCAGUGUCACGUCCUACCCGGGGUCAUCCCCUCCCCUUCUCGUGGGCAUUACUGCGUCCGGAACCCAGACCAUGGUGUUUGCCAUUUGCGACAAAGGCGAUAGUGAAUGGGAUUCCGCCCUGAUGCUGAAUGCUGCCGGCUGUGUUGACUGUGAUCCCGUGGUCAAGAUUGACUAUGUCACCAUAACCUCGAUCGUUGCCGCCGGACAGGAGUACACAUCGACGGUUAAGGCCUCGGGAACUGUCUCGGGUACUGUUACUAUUGGAGCGACAGCUACGACUACAUCGACAACCAGCUCUUCUUCUAGCACCUCGUCCGGCACCUCGUCCAGCUCUUCGUCAAGCUCUUCUUCUAGUUCUUCCAGCUCUUCCAGUACUUCUUCUAGCACUUCCUCUAGUACUUCCCCUGGCUCUUCUCCCACCAUCAACUACCACCACAGACCAAAGUUCAACAAGUUCAAUUACAUUACUGAGUUCAGCCUUAACAACAUCGGAUUUAUCGAGCACAAUGAGUUCACUUUCAACAAUAGCAUCCACAUCAAGCACAGGAAGCUCCACCUCCAUGACUGGCGAACUACCUUUGACAACCACAUCAUCUCUUACGACAUCCAGUAUGUUCACGCGAUCUUCAUCAGCUGGCACCUCAGACACAAGCUUUUCGAGGUCUCGCACACUGAGCAACCUUCCAUCGACACCACCCUUUUCCACGUCAUCACUUUCGAGUCAGACCCCGAGUUCUAGCUCAUCAACCGGGAUAUGGCGAAACGAAACAUCACCGGCUACUUCACCAAGCGCUGUUUUGCCCAGCGCAUCGUCUACAAUCUCUAUCGGCGGCCCACUCAGCCUUGCUAGUACCACACCGCAGAGCCCGCCCACCACUCUGUCACCUGAUUCG